AUGGGCAAAAGGCAAGGGGAGAGUCCGAGAGCCAUCAUCAAUGCUCCUUUGUACAUGUCCUGGGAAACGCUGGACGUGCUCGGUCAAGCUUCCUCGUACAAGUUUGAGCACGUUCGAUCAUUAAAGUCGAAUGAUGCUGACGCCAAAGCGUUAUUCAGAGAGUACGAAGUUAUCAACCAUGGGUUGACCCGGCGACCUCUCCUGCCGCGUAUUCUGUGGAAUCUGGCCAAAGUGGGUCCCAAUGACAUCAAAUCUGGUGUUAAUGCCAUUGUAGAUGCUAGAAAAAAGAGAUCCGACGCAUUUCACGCUAGUGACACCGAUGCGGAUUUUCUUAAUCGUCUACUGUCUUCGGGGAAAUUCAGCGAUCAGGACAUUCUGGGCGAGCUCCUAUUGCAAAAAGAUUGUCAGAAUAUAUGCGGCAACGCUAAAACUGUCCACAUUCUCUGGCACACAUCCAAUACGCUGACAAAGGCCGUGAUGUGCCUGGCACAGCACCCGGAUGCAAUGAAGAUGCUACAGGAGGAGGUCGAUUCUGUCCUCGGUAGCUCCUUGGAUGUGCAUUCUGACGAUAUGUCUCGUCUCAUUGUGGUGGACGCUAUUGUCAAGGAAACGCUCCGCCUUUACCUUACCAUCCCCGUCCUUUGGCGCUCUUGUGUCAAGGAGAGCCCCCUUGUUUCUCACAAGGCUGCCCCAGAAACAAUCGUCUAUAUCAACAUCAAUUCCGACCAUCACGACCCAAAGGUUUACCCAGAUCCUCAGUCUUUCCAGCCCAGCCGCUGGCUCAAGGCAGAUCCUGCUCCGCCAGGUUCUUUACACCCUUUGGGCUGGGCGUACACAACUGGAUCGAACAAAAGAUGGCCUUGA